AAAAACGCAAACGAUUGCGUGUCAUAGUGUAGUUUACUUCCGUUAUCUGUCUCUUCCUAGUGUACGUUUGCGGCGUUGGUUUACAGACGACAUUGUAUUGAUGAACAAUAUAUAAGUAUAUUGAACUAAUAUAUAACUAAGUGGUGUAAGCUAUGGCUUCAACGAUAAGACAAGUUCUGCAACUCAGUCUCGAGGAACUGACUAAGGAUGAACUGAAGAAGUUUUGCGCCAGGCUGUUGGACCGUGAGCGGGUGGGAGAGCCUCGGGUCAGGCGCAGAGCACUGGAGGACAAGGAUGAAGUCGUUAUCGCUGAUGUUCUCGUCUCAACCUUCACUGGCGCUAAAGCCGGGAGUGUAGUGGUGGAAACGCUGCAGGCCAUCCAGUGUAACCACAUCGCAGCGCGACUUGAGGCCGAACUGGCGAAUUUGAAUCCGCAGGGGAGUCGACCUAGCGCCAACAGUAUGAUCCCAACGUCCAAAGCUAGACCGGGUGAGCACUUUGUGGACAAACACCGGAGCGCGCUGAUUCAGAGGAUCCGGAGGUUCCCACCUAUACUGGAUAAACUGAUGGAUCUCAAGGUGCUGAGUCAGGAGGAGUAUGACGCCAUCAUGGCCAUACCCACCUCGCAGGAACAGGCCCGACUCCUGUACAACGGGGCCCUGACGUCAAGCGGAACCGCAGGAAAGGACAUCUUCCUCAGCGUGCUGGAGGAAUCAGAGUUUCAUCUUCUCCAGGACCUGAGGACCUGAGGAAAAUUGAUUGUUUUGUGUCUCAUUUUUUAGACAAUCUUAACUAAAUGUUUGGUUGUUUAAUUUUGUCACAAAUAAAUAAAUACUAUGCCUACAAUGUUUCUCUAUCCAUUUAAAUGAAAUAGGAAUCAGGCUGUUUUUAACGUAUAACGCGUAAGUGACGCGAGGCGACCGAGCAACU